CUCUAGCCUUCACUCUACAAAACUACUAAUAACCAAAAAUGUUCUCUCUUUGGCGAUUCUAAAAGUAUGGAUUUUGCUCUCUGCUUUGUUUGUAAUUGCGUUUCUUUUUUAUGUAAAGUAUUGAUUUUUAUGAGCCAAUGGGUAUCCUAGUUGAUUCUCUGUGGUGUGUAGUGUCUUAGAACUUUUAGCCUUUGGUUAAAUUAAUUAAGAAACUUUGGUGAGGAGUGAGGAUUGAGAUCGAAUAAAAAUGGAGGGAAGAGGGUAUAUCUCACCUUCAUUGGCUUCUUAUCGGGAAGGAGGAGGAAGCAAGGGCUUGCCUCGACGGAGGCCAAUGAGGCCGAGCUGUGACGCGCAUAACGAGCUCAUAACCUUACUCCACGGCUCUGAUCCCGUAAGAAUUGAGCUAAAUCGUCUAGAGAACGAAGUUAGAGAUAAGGAGAGAGAGUUAUCUGAAGCCCAAGCAGAGAUCAAAGCAUUGAAGUUGUCUGAAAGACAACGUGAGAAGGCUGUUGAAGAGCUCACUGAAGAGUUGGGAAAAACGUCAGCUAAACUCAAGCUGAUUGAAAACCUUCUUGAGAGUAAAAACCUUGAGAUCAAGAAAAUAAAUGAAGAAAAGAAAGCUUCCACGGCAGCUCAGUUUGCAGCAGAAGCCUCUCUUCGCAGGGUUCAUGCUGCUCAAAAGGAUGAUGACAUGCCUCCUAUUGAAGCUAUCCUUGCUCCUUUAGAGGCUGAACUCAAGCUCGCAAGACAAGAAAUUGCUAAUCUCCAAGACGACAACAAAUCACUUGACCGCCUUACCAAAUCAAAGGAAGCAGCUUUGCUUGACGCUGAAAGAACAGUUCAGUCUGCAUUGGCGAAGGCCUCAAUGGUUGAUGAUCUGCAGAACAAGAACCAAGAAUUGAUGAAACAAAUUGAAAUUUGUCAGGAAGAGAAUAGAAUCAUAGACAAGAUGCACAGACAGAAGGUUGCAGAAGUUGAGAAGCUUAUGCAGAGUGUGAGGGAGUUGGAAGAAGCUGUUCUUGCUGGUGGUGCAGCCGCUAAUGCAGUGAGAGAUUACCAGAGGAAAUUUCAAGAAAUGAAUGAAGAGAGAAAGAUUCUUGAACGGGAACUGGCUCGUGCUAAGGUUAAUGCAAACAGAGUUGCUACUGUAGUAGCAAACGAGUGGAAAGAUUCUAAUGACCAAGUGAUGCCUGUAAGGCAGUGGCUUGAAGAACGGAGAUUCCUACAGGGAGAAAUGCAGCAACUACGUGACAAACUUUCCAUAGCUGACCGAGCUGCAAAAUCUGAAGCUCAGCUGAAGGAGAAAUUCCUUCUGCGGCUAAGAGUGUUAGAAGAGAGUCUAAAGAGGCCUACAAGCAACGGCAACAGAGGCACACCUGGUGUUAGAAGUUCAAGCAAUGGGCCUUCUCGAAGACAAUCCCUUGGUGGAACCGGAACCGAGACGAGUCCAAAAUAUUCAUCAAACGGCUCUUUGACCAAGAGAACACCAAGUUCUCAGUCCAGAUCAUUGACUGCUAGUGCGAGCACUGUAUUGAAGCAUGCUAAAGGAACAUCUGUAUCAUUCGAUGGGGGAACCAGAUCAUUGGAUAGAAACAAAGUGCUAAUGAGUAGACCAGGAUCAAAUUUUUCUCUGAACCACCAGUCUUCUGAAGGAGCUAGCAGAGUUGAGUCGGGUAGCUCAGUAAAAGGGGAAGAAUCAGAUGAAAAGUCGACAGAUAAUGAUAGUGUCCCAGGUGUUUUAUACGAUUUUCUGCAGAAAGAGGUGAUAACAUUAAGGAAAGCUGCUCAUGAGAAAGAUCAAAGCCUAAGAGACAAGGAUGAAGCUAUUGAGAUGUUGGCGAAGAAGGUUGAAACAUUAACAAAGGCGAUGGAAGUUGAGGCAAAGAAGAUGCGAAGAGAAGUAGCUGUAAUGGGGAAAGAAGUUGCUGCCAUGCGCGUGGAUAAAGGACAACAAGAUAGUAAAACCAGACGCCUCUCCUCCAUCACUAAAGGAUCUUCUAACACUGCUCAACUGCUUUCUGGAAGAAUGUCCGGACGAAUUGGGAUGACAAGGAGCACACAAUAACACUCUGAUUCCCUCAAGCAACUCAGUCAAUAACCGGUUUCUUGUACCAAAUUGGUGAACCAUCGGAUGUGAAAGCAUGUAAAGGAAAAUACCGGUUUGGUUAGUUGUGAAAACUGGUUUUUGUUGUAGUUUAAGUUGGUAUAGGAGAGGUAGGCUUUGUAUUAUGUAAUAUUUUAAGCUUUUAGUGUGAUUGUUUGUCCCUUAGUGAAAUAUUUGGUAACAUAAUCUGGCA